AUGGACAUUGACAAUGCAAAAUAUGAGAAAUUCCUCCAAAUGUUGAAGCAAAUCCACAUUGACAUGCCUUUUGUGGAUGUGUUGGGAGAGAUGCCAAGGUAUGCAAAGUUCAUAAAAGACCUCCUCUCUAACAAAAAGAGAUUGGAGGAAUCGGCUACGGUAAUUCUUGGGGAGGAAUGCUCCACUAUAGUGCAUAGGGAUAUGCCCCGAAAACUCAAAGAUCUGGGGAGUUUCACCAUCACAUGCAAUAUAGGGGAAACUUCUUUCAAUAAAACACUAGCCGAUCUUGGAGCUAGCAUUAACCUCAUGUCAUAUGCUUUGUUUAGAAAAUUGAAUUUAGGCACCCUUAAAUCAACAUGCAUGUGUAUCCAACUUGCGGAUCGAUCCACAAAAUACCCUAGGGGUAUAGUUGAGGACGUGUUGGUAAGGGUGGAUAAAUUCAUUUUUUCUGUGGAUUUUGUGAUAUUAGAUAUGGACAUCGACGUUGAAGUGCCCCUAAUCUUGGGUAGGCCAUUCUUGGCAACCACAAGGGCACUAAUAGACGUCAGGGAAAGAAAACUCGUCAUCCGCGUGGGAGACGAGUCCGCUAGUUUUAAUGUGACAAAGUUGAUGAAAUAUCCCUUGGAAGGGGAUAAGGGUGUGACAAAUGAGAAAGGAAAAAAAUGA